CAAGCUCGGGCACGUUCGCGGCCUUCCUGGGAUGAUAGAGUAUCCUCUAUGCGCGACAGUUGCUUGAGCAGGGCUUACGUUGGCAGAUUGGUAAUGGAGAGUCGGCUUCGUUACUUUUCUCGAAUUGGAUUCUUCAAAUGCAUUCUGAGAAGCCGGCUUAUAAUCCGCAAGUGCUUCCAGACGGGGGUGACCCGUUAGUGGUAGAGGUGAUAGCUCAGGGUGGGGAAGGGGGUUGGUGUGCCACCAAAUUGAGCUAGUGGUUUGACCCUUCUACGUGUCGAACGAUUCAGUCUGUUCCUCUUCCGAGGUAGAAUAUGACGGAUAGACUGAUCUGGCAUGGCACGUCUGAUGGCGUGUUCACUGUCAAAUCGACAUAUCAUUUGGCAGUCGACCUGGCACGAAGGAAUUGCUGUUGGAGGGCUACGGCUAGUUGGAUGGAUAGAGCCAGCUGGAUUUGGCUUUGGGGUGCUGAUAUUCCCCCGAAAUUGAAGGUGUUCGUUUGGCAGAUUUUUCAUCGUAUCCUCCCUACCACAGAGGGUCUCAUUGAGAAAAGUGUUCCUGUGCUUCCUCGCUGCCCGGUAUGCUGGGAGGCAUCGGAAACUAUGGAACAUCUAUUCCUGGACUGUCCGGUAACUCGGGCUUUAUGGGACUAUUCAAGGCUCGAACAUCUGGGACAAGGCUUGCCUUGCCACACUUUUCCUCUGUUUCUCAAACGACUGUUUACCUUAGUUCAUCAACCUCGUAUGAUCAUGGAUGUGGUAGCAGUUCUUUGGAGGAUUUGGAAGUCACGUAACUGGGUGGUCUUUGAAGGCAAGCAAUUCCGAUUCCCUGCCUUGAUGCGGCAAGUUCAUCAGCAGUGUGAGGAAUGGGAACGGGUGCCGGCUGAUAGGAAGGAGAUGGGACUGCACCCUACUGUCCAACCUUCAGGGUUGACGGGGGGUUCUUCGCUGGUGUGUAUGUGGGAUGGGGCUACAAGAGCUGGGUCCCACUCUGCGGGCAGAAUGGUGCUUCUUGACCCUUAUAGGAUGGUCAUCCGGGCGCAAGGGGUCCAGUACCGGGUUGUUGAUGAUCCUUUAGUGGUGGAGGCGCUCGUCCUCCGGGAAGCUCUCUUAUGGCGUGUGGCUAAUGGAUUCCAGGAGGUGCGUUUUGAAGGCGAUGCCAAGGUCAUCUUCGAUAAAAUUAAUCAAGCGGAGAUUAGAAAUAGUAGGAUUGGGAUGAUAUUGGAUGAAAUCUGCCAAUGUAUGGGAAAUCAACCGGGGUUUAGUUUGCGAUUUGUAGGACGGAGGAACGAUAGGGUAGCCCAUGCGGUGGCUAGAAAGGCCCUUUCUUUGUACCUGUCUACGUGUCGCGCUUUUAAUUUCCUGACCUGGCUGUUCUCCAGGAUGUAACUGUGUCUAUCUUCAAUCAAUAUAUGAUUAUCUUUUGUAAAAAAAUGUUUUUCCCCCUUUUUUAAUUAAAACCAACUGGUUUGGUCUUUUUUUUUCUCCCACUACAGCCUUGUGAUCCCAACGACAUCGUUGCAAAGGAAAACAACAAUGUGCAUCGUAGUUCUGCUUUCCCCAAAAACUUCCGUGUUGCAACAAGCAUCACAAUUCACAAGGCUGUUUUCUUUACCCGCAACAUUGUUUGGCCGAACUCCUUUCCUUUUCCAACAAGAAAAAGAAGCAAUCCUCCUCUCACUUCACAUGGGUACUCAGCCAACCCUUUAGAUAGAUUCCACACCUGCAUCUCACAUCCAAAUCAACUAGCACGCUCACCAUCGCACAACGACCUAGCAUGGCUCCCCAAGGACGCCUCGCGCCUCAAGCCAUGACCACUAUUUCUCGUCAAUUCUCUUUCUCAUCACCGUUGCAAUUCCAACAACGUUGAUACAUGCGCCUAGAUACAUAUUAAACAACUUGGCAUAGG